AUGCGAUUCGCUAACAAAGCUGGAGUGAUUGAAGAGAUUUUGGGAUACCAAAUCCUGUCCAAGCAGUGCUUCGUGACUAUAAAUGGUAGCCGAGCUGCCAAAGGGUUCAUACAGAUGGUAGAGGAGCUAGAAAGCAUUGAGUUAUUUGCGGAUGUCGACAAGGUAGCUGAACAUAAGGCAGUAGAAGAUCUGUUGGAGGGCUUAGACAUAGUGGGACCACUCCCAACUACGCUAGGCAACAGAAAGUUCUUUAUUGCGGCGACAAACUACUUCACAAACUGGGUGGAGACAGAGGCGCUUGCAUCCAUCAAAGAAAAAGUCGUUAAGAAGAUUUUUUGGCAGAACAUCAUAACCCGGUUUAGAAUUCUAAUGGCCUUGAUAUCUAACAACGACACCCAAUUUGAUGGAAGAAUCUUUAGGGGUUUUUGCGAAGAGCACAAGAUAGAAUUCUAUAAUUCCACGCCGGCAUACCCACAUGCUAAUGGCCAGGCCGAAGCCUCCAACAAAGUAGUCUUAGAUGGUCUAAAAAAUAGGCUAGAAAAAGCAAAAGGAAAAUGGGCUGAGGAACUUCCCCAUGACUUAUGGGCUUACUGA